UCACAUACCUUUUUUUUUUUCUUUGCAAAGAUGACCAGAGCCACAGAAGCAUUUACCACAUUAGCUAUUGCUGUCACUGUGUACAUUGUCCUUUUCUUAGGAUUACUGCCUUUACCCGAUGUCAUCCAAAAUAAAAUCGUGCCAGUGUUCCCAUGGUGGGCGCUUGUUUCUUUCGGUUCUUACAGUCUAGGCAACCUCGGUUGGCAUAUUAUGACAUUUAGUGACUGUCCAGAGGCGUAUGCAGAGCUCAUGACGGAAAUUCAAGCUGCCAAAGCUGAUUUACAAUCCAAAGGCGUGUCUCUGUAGAAAAAAAAACACACCUCGCAAAGCAUUGUUGCGGUGAACUGAAAUAUCCUCGUCGUUCUUCCCUUUCAGAUCCUAUUGUAUUACCCUUCAAAACCUCAAAAUAAUACACUCUGUAGUCUCAAGAAAGCUUUUACUUUUG